GUGGCAGGAAGUUGUCCAGAUAUCCGCAGGGCCCUCUGAAAAAAGAGCGAGUGAACAAAGUGGGCUGGGUGGUGGAGUUGGAAGGUGUUGGUGGCAGCGGUGAUGGGGAUUUGGUGACUUCACUCACAGUUAACUAUUCAUUGUGAGCAACCGGGCUGCAGCUACGAAAGAGCUACAGCGUCUUUUCAGUACGUGAAAUAGAGAGUCUCAUCUGAGCUUUGGCACAUCAGAAGCAGUUUGUAGUGGAAUAAUACCACACAGCUGGACUGGAGGACGGCUUUUUGAGAAGAAGGGGCCAGCACCUGGUGACCGGGACAGCCUGAAGAUGAUAGCUCUGAGGACGUUUGUUCUUCUGGCACUGAGCUUGACAUGUCAAGCUGCAUCUGGUGAUCCAUGGGGCCACUGCCCGGUGAACCGAAAAUGUAAGGAAAAGUUCGCAGAUGGGUCGUGUAACAGAGAGUGUACGGACCCCGAGUGUCUUAGAGACGGCUUUGACUGCCUGAAGGACAGGGUUCCCUGCAACCCGGGCCACAUUCACUACUGCCGUGAUCAUUUUGCCAACUCCCUCUGUGAUCAGGGAUGUGAUAGCGCGCCCUGUGGGUGGGACAGCAGCGAAUGCUUCAAACACCAGAGCCCCGUGUGGGCUAAAGGCACCCUGAUCCUACACACUCGAAUCCCACAUCAACGUGGCGCCUCCUUCAACAGCUCCGUGCUCUGGGCACUCAGCGUCCUCCUCCUGUCACCGCUCAAGCUGAGAGACUCCGUGCCCCUCGCCACCACCAGGAAUUUGUUUGACUUUAAUGCUCAGGAGCUUGCCAACAUGCUGGCGCAGGCGUCACCAGCAGACUCAGAUGGCUCCCUCCUUUUCCUCCAAGUGGACAACAGGCCAUGCUCCCGUUCACCCUCUACCUGUUUCCCUUAUGCAACCGAGGCCGCAAAUUUCCUGCGUGCUGUAAAGGAACUAAAACCUACCUCUUUCCCCAACCUCUCAGAGCUGGAUGCUGUCAUCAGCAUUAGAGGUGUCCGAGAGGAAAUAGGAAGCAGAGAGGAGGAAAAGGAAGUUGAAGAGCCGACUCCUGCAUGGCUUUGGGCCGUAGUUGCCAUAGCUAUUGGGCUUCUGCUGCUGCUGCCUCUCGUUAUAAUCCUGGUGGUGAGGAGGGUGAGGCAGCAGCGGGCAAAGAGGAACGGUACUGACAGGGUGCAGCACCGGUCUAAAGUCACCGACAGUGAGAGCAAAGCCAAGGCCUGGAUACAGCAUGCUACACACCAAGAACAACGGGUCAGAACCAGCAGAGAGAAGGAUAAGAUCAGCUUGAAGAAAAAGAAAAAGGCCAAGGAAGCAGAAAAAAAGAGAAGGAGGGAACCGCUAGGGGAGGAUGCCAUGCGAAUGCGGCCUCUUAAGAGGGACCAGGAUAUAGGAAGUGACACAGACUUUACCCAGAGUUCAAUGGAGGACCUCAGUGUGAGAUGCUCCAGACGUCAAGACGAUGCCUCCAUCUGUGACCACAGGACCCAGGAGCAGAAACACUACCGUGCUGGAGCCUCUCAGCCCCGCAGAGCUAUACAGUCUCCACCUAGAGGUUGGGAGAGGAAUGCCAUGCCUCCUCCUCUGCUCAGUCCUCCUCAGCAGUCUGCAGAGUGGUGCGGCCCAGAUGGGUCUGUGGUUCUGAUCCGAGCAGUGCGUAGUGGGCUGGACAGAGUGGUCUUGGAGCUUCUGCGAGCAGGAGUGCCAGUCAACAAUACAGAUCAUACUGGGAGAUCAGCCCUGCACUGGGCAUGCUCAGUAAACCACCUCUCACUAGCAAGGACCCUCAUUCGCUAUGGUGCUGCUGUGGACCUACAAGACAAUAAGGGCGAAACAGCACUCUUCCUCUCUGCCCUCCAUGGCUGCUAUGACACUGCCAGACUUCUUCUUCUUCAUGGUGCCAAUCUUGAGCUGCACGACCGGAGGGGACGCCGGCCAAUUGACGUGGCCAGAGAGGGAAUGCGUCACCAAGUGCUGGAACUCCUGUUGGCUCAUGAGAUCCAGAGACGACCCAUCCCUGUGGACACGGGAAGCGACAUGAUGUGGGAGGAGCGCACUCUGAUGUACUCACCGUGGGUGGGCUCACAAGGUCUGCCUGGAAGAAGUGCCUCCUUCUCUGGUAUCAUAGGGCAUCGGGAUAUGACCCCACCAGUACAAAAUGAUUGGUCCAUGGGCCGAGUGCAGUACCCUCCUCCUCAGAACUGGCGACCCCAGCUCAACCAGUCAGCAACGGCUCUCGUUCCUCCACGGGUCAUGGGCCGCUCCCCUCGGCCAAUCAGCACCUUACAAGAGGUAACAUCAGAAGACGAGGACCGUGACAGGCAUCAGGAAGUCCCCAGAGCUGCCACGCCUCACUUCCUGUCCCCUCAGCCUGCCCCUCGGCAGCGUUCCUUUUCCUGCACCCAGCACGCACUGCAGCGCCGCUCUAGCGCCCACCAGCCAGAACCCAAUUACCUUAUAGUGUCAGACAGAGCACCCAAUGAGCCCGUAGAGAGAGUAGUUGUUUCCCCUCCCACCGAUGCUGCCACCCCACCAGAACACCAGCCAGCUGCAAACGGAGACAGUGCUAUUAGAGUAGAGCAAGCAGCACUGGGUUCAAUAAACUCGGAGCAGAAGUCCAGAAGUGAGAGGUUAAACAACAUGACUGACUCCACACAAACAGCCCUGUAGGAAAGGAAAGGAAAUUCAGCUUCCUUUAGAGACACCCAGUUUUAGUUUGUCAUUCCGUGCAAAGCCCUAAGCUGGACUUUAAUUGUUUGUAUCCAGUGUUUCUUUGCCCAUUGCUUCUUAAGUGGAUUGGUGUCAGACUAAUACACAACAGCAUAGAGAGAUAUUCCUUCCCUUAUUACCUCUUUUUUAAUUAUUUUUUUUAAAUCAGCCUCAUGUAAAUAAUUGUUUUCUUGUUUUGUUAAGAUUGAGGGAUACUGUUGUAAAUGUUCUCUUAUAUGGCAUGUUCAGAUUUUGUAAAUAAUAAAAUUGAACGUCUAAGAUGAAUUCUACUCAAAUAUGCAACAGCUGGUAUUCAUUGAAGAAAUAUUCAAGGGAAAAUAAAUGAAUAACACAUGCGUAGCUGCACAGAGAUGUCAAGGAUGCAUGCAAUAAAGUGACUUUUUGUUGA